AUGACGUUAGUCAUCCGCGACUUCGAGGAAGGAGUGCUCGACGCCCCGGCGGGGGCGGGUCUGCGGAAGCUGCUGGCGUCCAAGCUCGGCUGCGACUUGAUGCGCGUGUCAAAGAAGUUCUCCGGCUGGGCGUGUGUCGGCAGGCGUGGGUUCCAGCCCGUGCGGCACAAUGACGCCAGAGCCUUGAGGGCGAAAGAGAGCAUGUUCAAGAUGGAACAAAGUUGGCUGAAAUUUUUGGCUUCGAAGUCAUCGAAACCCAACGGAAAUGUCGCCAUCAACGACGGCAGCAGCGGCAUCGCCGCCGUCAGCGUCUCCUCUACCCUUCCGCCCCCCUCCUCUACCCUUUCGUCGUCGUCGUCGUCCUCCUCCUCCUCCUCUUCUUCCGCAACCCCCUUUUCCGACCGCGGGUCUUCGACCAAGAGUACCGCGCGCUUGCCGCCCCUUCCGCCGGUCGCCGCCCCUGGCGGUAUCAUGAAGGAGGAGCAGAAAGACAAUGACACCGCGGCACCCGCCCGGCCGUGGUCGGCGGCUCGGGGGCAGCAAUCAUCGACAUGCGACUCCUCGCCGGGCGCGAUACACCCUCUCGAGAAGGAAGUGCCGCCGUCCAAUGGCUUGUCCCCCUGCCGAGGGAACAGGGAGACGGAGGAGAGGGACGCCGAGGAGCCCCAGGAGGAGGACACGAACGGGAGGGAGCUGUCGCCGCCGCCGCCGCCGCCGUUGCCGUCGUCGCCUCCGUGGGAAGGGAACGCAGGGCGGGAGCAGCCGGUGGGUAGACACGGCAACGAGAACGAUCGUUGCCGCUGGACAGCGCCGUCGAGCGCGCCUUCGUCACUGCGUGGCUCUUGUUGCCGCACGGGAGGACGCGCUCCCCCCCCCAAGCGCGAAGGAGUCUACCUUCGGUGGAGCGAGAGAUGCCGCAGCCCGCCCGAUAUCAGCUCUCCAUCGUGGCCUUCUCCUGGGGAGAAGGUUUCCAGAGAAACCGACGACGGCGGCGGCAUGUGCACCAUGCUUCCAGGGCGGGGAGGAGAGGACCGCCGGACAGCCAACAUGGUCGUCGCGGCCCAACGUGCCACCAACGAGGGCAACAACACUGCUGCCAGCCCCGUUGCUAGGAGGUUCUCCUCCGGCGGCGUCAGCGGCAGUGGAGUCGGCGGCGGCAGCGGUGGCGGCGACAACGGCUGGCCGCCGGAUCCGUCCGCUACCGCAGACCACGAGGAGAUGGCCCGUUCUCGGGAGCAGGCUUCUCGCCCGCGACAGCAGCUGCGGCGUUUCUCUAAUGGGUGCGUGCCUUUCCGCCUGAAACCCGCCAUCCUCCCUCCUCACUUUGGCAUGGAAGAUCACGAGCAGCAGAUGUCUCUUCCUCUCCGCGCCGCCCGCAAUCAAGCGAUGGAGUUUAUGACGGACGGACCACCGCCGCCGCCGCAGCAGCAGCAGCAGCCGCGGCAAGAGUGGUCCAGGGAGGGAUGCGGGUGCCCGCGUAGGGUGGAGGAGGAGACAAGGCCGCCGUGGUGGGCAAAGACAGGCCUGCCUGCGGGGAUGAUGGUACAUCCGCAGCAGCACCACUCAGCCAAGGCGCCUCCGAUGGUGGGAUGUUUCUCGCGCGACAGCACAUAUGGCGGUGAUGGUAUUCGUGACUACGACAACGAUAACAGCGACUACUCCAGACACCGAGAACAGCAGCCGUGGCGACGGCAGUGGUGGACGCUUUCACAGGCCCGCAGCCCAGGACGAAUCGGGAUGUCAGCGGCGGCAGCGAACAGCGGUAAUCACGGCUGGCAGAAGUACGCGCACAGCGGCGGCGCCUUCAGCGGCAGUGGUGGUGGCGGCGGCGGCGGCGGCGGCGGCGGCGGCGGCAUCCGUACAGCGGAACUAGAAGUUGUUCGUCGGAUUGGCAACGGGCCGCCCACCGCGUGUAGCGGUACGCCUACUUUUGUUUACAGUUCCCACGACCGCUCCUCUUCUCUCUGUUUGUCGACUCGCCUUUUUCCUGAGAGGACGCAGUGGCGCUCCAACGUUCGGGCGAACGUGGCACCUCGGGCCGGGGGGAGGGGGGGGGCGGCGGCAUAG